AUGCUGGAACAUUCACUCCAACGCAGCGUCUACGGCAUGACCUCCAACAACGCACUGCCCAGUGACCUUAUCUCACAACCAUCCAAUGGCAUAGGAAAUCAAAGCGCCAAUGAUGCCUUGAUGUCUCGAGCUGAUGAGUUACAAAGGCUUCUCGCAUCGGUCCUCGAUCGGCUCGUCUCCUUUGUUCGACAAGCCGACUUAGAGCAUGAAGCUCACCAGCUCCACCAACCUGUAUCUAUCUCUUCCAUUGUUGAGCCUCAUCCACCUUCAGAUCUGCUCUCCAUCCUCGCCUCAAACGGCACCCUGUCCCUGCCUCUUCACGGUACUGGCCAAGAUGGACUCCUCAGUUCAUUGUCUUCGAUAUUGAAAUACAGCGUCAACACCUCUGCCCCUGGAUUUCUUGACAAGCUAUACUCCGCUCCUUUGCCCCCCGGAGUCGCGGCAGAUUUGAUCCUCAGCGUUCUUAACACAAAUGUGCAUGUUUACCAGGUUUCUCCCGUGCUCUCACUCAUCGAGACAUACACCACGAAAGCUCUUGCGGCAAUGUUCGGCCUCACCGGGCCACGGGCUGGAGGGAUCAACGUGCAAGGCGGGAGCGCGAGCAACAUGACUAGUAUUGUCAUUGCGCGGAACACCUUGUUCCCGGACACGAAACAAUCCGGAAAUCACGCUGGAGGAAGACGAUUAGUGAUGUUCACUUCUGAGCAUGGGCAUUACAGUAUCGAGAAGGCUGCGCAGCAGUGUGGGUUUGGUUGCGAAAGUGUCAUUUCCGUCCCUGUUGAUCGGGUUUUCGGAGGGAUGAAUCCCAAGGCGCUUGAGUCCUUGAUCGAGAGAGAGAAGAGCAAGGGAAAUACUCCCUUCUAUGUCAACGCCACUGCUGGAACAACAGUCCUGGGAUCAUUUGAUCCGUUUGUAGCUAUUGCCGAAGUUGCUAGAAAGCACGGGCUGUGGAUGCACAUCGAUGGCGCCUGGGGCGGAAGCUUUAUCUUUUGCGACCUUCUAAGUCGAACAAGGUUAACGGGAUGUGAGCUCGCUGACAGCAUCGCAAUUAAUCCGCACAAGAUGUUGGGUGUUCCAGUGACUUGCAGCUUCCUUUUGCUCAGAGAUCUGAGAAAUGCUCAUAGGGCAAACACUCUCCGAGCGGGAUACCUGUUCCACGACGAAGAUCAAGACGAGCGGCAGGCUGAAGAGCUGGGACUGGAUGGCCAUAAUCGACCACAAUCCCUGGACGACGAAUGGACGCCUCCCAAUGACCUCGCCGACCUCACGCUCCAAUGUGGGCGUCGGGGAGACAGUCUGAAAUUCUUUCUCUCCUGGCAGUACUAUGGGACACUGGGAUACUCGUCAAAGAUCCAGAAGGCGUUUCAUACGGCCUUUUACCUGACAGAUCUCGUGGAAAAGAGUCCAGACCUGCUGCUGGUGACCACGAGUCCUCCGCCCUGCCUGCAGGUGUGUUUCUAUUAUGCUCCAGGAGGUAUGGUGGUCCACGGUAUGAGCAGUGAUAGCCAUAUUAACGCUAAUGGAGGCGAUCCUGACGACAAACGUGAUCAAGCUGAAAUUGUCGGCAAACGUAACUCAGCUAUUACAAGUCGGAUCGCUCGCUCCUUGGUUUCUCGAGGCUUCAUGGUCGAUUACGCGCCCGCCUUGAGCCAUCAGGUUGAGAGAGGUUCCUUUUUCCGGGUGGUUGUAAACAUUUCCACCACCAGAGACACGCUUCUCAGGCUGAUCGAGACGAUCAGCCUUGUUGGACGAGAGGAAAUGUCUAGAUCCUCGUAA